UUUGCAGGCUUCCGGAAGAUAAGUUUAGAUGAUCUUCGAAAGGCCUACAUAGUUAAAGAUGUCCAGCAAUAUAUUCUUCACCGUUUAGACAAAGAAGAAGCACUGAGACAACAUUUAACGAAGGAGACUGCAGAGAUGUUAAAUCAGCUUCACAUUAAAAGCAGCGGGUGCUUUCUUUAUCUGGAGCGUGUAUUAGAUGGUGUUGUAGAAAACUUCAUCAUGCUUCGUGAAAUUCGUGAUAUUCCUGGAACUUUAAAUGGUUUAUACCUCUGGCUGUGUCAGAGGCUGUUUGUAAGAAAACAGUUUGCUAAGGUCCAACCAAUUUUAAAUGUUAUUCUAGCUGCUUGUCGACCACUAACAACUAUUGAACUGUUCCAUGCUGUUUGGACCAAAAGCAUGUCAUUGACCAUGGAGGAUUUUCAACGCAAGAUGGAUGUUCUGUCGAAAGUACUUGUUGAUGGAUUAGGAAAUACUAAAAUCCUUUUCCACUACAGUUUUGCAGAGUGGUUACUUGAUGUGAAGCACUGUACCCAGAAAUAUUUAUGCAAUGCAGCGGAGGGACAUAGGAUGCUUGCAAUGAGUUAUACGUGCAGAGCAAAAGAACUGACACCAGUAGAAGUUCAGCAAUUUGCAUUACAUCUAAUACAUUCAAAUUUACAGUUAACAAAUUCAGAACUGGCUUUGUGGAUGAUCUGGAAUGGAACGUGCGUAAAAGACUCCUUAUGUACGGUGAUACCAAAGGAACAAGAGGUGCUGCAGUUGCUAGUGAAAGCUGGAGCUCAUGUUGACAGUGAAGAUGAUAGAACAUGUUGCAUUGUACGUCAAGCUUUAGAAAGAGAAGAUUCAAUCCGUACGCUCCUCGAUAAUGGUGCAUCUGUUAAUCAGUGUGAUUCAAAUGGAAGAACUCUGUUGGCUAAUGCUGCAUAUAGUGGUAAUCUAGAUGUGGUCAAUUUACUAGUCUCAAGAGGAUCUGAUCUUGAAAUUGAAGAUGCCAAUGGACAAACAGCACUUACUUUGGCUGCUCGCCAAGGCCAUGUGAAGGUUGUAAAUUGUUUAAUUGGAUGUGGCACAAAUAUAAAUCAUUGCGAUCACGAUGGUUGGACAGCACUGAGAUCUGCAGCAUGGGGUGGACAUACUGAGGUUGUGUCUGCACUUUUAUAUGCUGGAUCCAAAGUUGAUUGUGCAGAUGCUGACAGUCGAACAGCUUUAAGAGCAGCAGCAUGGGGAGGGCAUGAAGAUAUUGUCCUGAAUUUACUACAGCAUGGAGCUGAAGUUAACAAAGCUGACAAUGAAGGCAGAACUGCUUUAAUUGCAGCAGCAUACAUGGGGCAUAGGGAAAUUGUAGAGCAUCUGUUAAAUCAUGGUGCAGAAGUCAAUCAUGAAGAUGUAGAUGGAAGAACAGCCCUAUCAGUAGCAGCUCUUUGUGUUCCAGCAAGCAAAGGUCAUGCAUCUGUGGUCAGUCUCCUGAUUGAAAGAGGAGCAGAGGUAGACCAUUGUGAUAAGGAUGGAAUGACUCCCCUACUUGUGGCUGCAUAUGAGGGACAUGUGGAUGUGGUCGAUCUUCUCCUAGAAGGUGGUGCAGAUGUUGAUCACACUGAUAACAAUGGGCGUACUCCCCUCCUUGCUGCAGCUUCUAUGGGGCAUGCAUCUGUUGUUAAUACAUUACUUUUCUGGGGUGCUGCUGUAGAUAGCAUCGACAGUGAAGGUCGAACUGUUCUUAGCAUAGCAUCAGCUCAAGGAAAUGUUGAAGUAGUAAGAACACUUCUGGACAGAGGCCUAGAUGAAAACCACAGAGAUGAUGCUGGAUGGACUCCACUUCAUAUGGCUGCUUUUGAAGGUCACAGGCUAAUAUGUGAAGCAUUAAUUGAACAAGGUGCUCGAACAAAUGAAAUUGAUAAUGAUGGCAGAGUAUCUUUAGUUCUAGCCGCCCAGGAAGGACAUUAUGACUGUGUACAGACUCUCUUGGAAAAUAAAUCUCCUGUUGAUCAAAAAGGAUAUGAUGGUCGGAAUGCCCUCCGUGUUGCCUCCUUGGAAGGACAUAGAGAUAUAGUUGAAUUGCUUUUGAGCAAUGGUGCUGACAUCAACUCAAAAGAUGCUGAUGGACGCCCUACACUUUACAUUCUAUCCCUGGAAAAUCAGUUAACAAUGGCUGAAUAUUUUUUAGAAAAUGAAGCUAAUGUAGAAGCUAGUGAUACUGAAGGAAGGACGGCUCUUCAUGUUUCCUGCUGGCAGGGACAUUUAGAGAUGGUUCAGACUCUGAUGUCCUACCGGGCUGAUCUUAACGCAUCUGACAAUGAGAAACGUUCUGCCUUACAGUCUGCUGCCUGGCAAGGGCAUGUAAAAGUAGUGCAGCUAUUAAUUGAUAAUGGUGCUCUUGUUGAUCAUACAUGUAACCAAGGUGCUACUGCACUUUGCAUUGCUGCCCAGGAAGGACACACUGAAGUUGUGCAGGUUUUAUUGGAACAUGGUGCAGAUCCAAAUCAUGCAGAUCAAUUUGGAAGGACAGCUAUGCGUGUUGCUGCUAAAAAUGGACAUACACAAAUAAUUAAGUUGCUUGAAAAAUAUGGAGCAUCAACUCUCAAUGGAUGCAAUCCAUCACCUGUUCAUACAAUGGAGCAAAAGAGCUUAAACACAACGUCGACAAAAGUACAGUCUUUAACAAUUAAAUCUAAUAGCUCAUCCAGCACUGGAGGUGGUGAUGUUCACCCAACUAUGCGUGGAUUGUGUAAUGGACCCUCUCAUGCUUUCAGUUCUCCCUCAGAAUCCCCAGAUUCUACAGUAGACAGACAUAAGUCUUCUAUUUCAAACAAUUCACUUAAAAGUUCUAAAAAUUCUUCACUUCGCACAACUUCAUCUACAGCAACUGCUCAAACAGUGCCUAUUGAUAGUUUCCAUUGCCUUUCUUUCACAGAGCAGAUUCAACAGCAUUCACUUCCACGUAGCAGAAGUAGACAGUCAGUAGUAUCUCCCUCUUCCACAACACAGUCUUUAGGGCAGAACAAUUCACCAACAAGUGAGUUUGAAUGGAGCCAAGUCAAACCUAGUUUAAAAUCCACAAAGACAAGUAAAGGGGGCAAAGGAGAGUCCACAAACAAAUCUAGCUCUGUAACAAAGAAAACCAAGCAAAGUAGCUCAUCCCAGUCUAAGGUUUUAGAAUAUGAAAUGACACAAUUUGACAAAAGAGUACAUGUUCCUAGUUCUGGCCCUGGAGUGAAUGUACCACUAAAGCAAAUCCCUACGGACCCUUCCAAAAUUCAGAUAGCUUCAGUGCAACAAGAUAUUGGUCGUUCUUCACAGCAGUUUAUUCAACAGCAGAGUGCGGAACAAAAGAAAAGGAAUGGAAUUAUGACCAAUCCCAAUUAUCACCUUCAAGGAAACCAAGUUUUUCUUGGUAGGGUUUCUGUGCCUCGUUCUGUGCAAGGUCGAGGGCAUCCAGAAGUUCUAGAAGGAUAUCCUUCAACAGAAACAGACUUGGGCCUUAAACAGUCACUUAAACUUCAAAUUGAAGGAACUGACCCUAGCUUUAACUACAAAAAGGAAACUCCACUAUAA